AUGACCUUUGCGCCCCGUCGGCCAUACAUCCUUCUCGCACCGGCGGCGCUGGACCUGCUCCUCCUCACCCAGCCUGGUCCGACAUAUCUGCGGUUACUCUGCCUCGCGCGCGCGUCUGUUCUGAUCGGCUUGACAUUUGCUGCCCGAUGGCGGAAACGCACACUCGCCCUCGUCGUCCCGCUCGCUAGCGUUCUGGCGUGUGUCUGGGAGACAUGCAAGAGUACGCUAUACAAGUACCCCAGCGCGCCGGGUGAUGGUGAUGGAGACGGCAGUGGAGGAGGGAAAGGAGAUUGGGACGAGUGGUACGGUCCCGAGGCGAGCGCAACAUACUUGGCUGAGACGCCGUCGCCAUUACCCGCCGACCGAGGCUUUCUCUUUGGCUCGCUCCGCUCCGCCGCAGCUCUGCGCAAACCCUCACCUCUUGGACCUGGACGCUCGUGCUCUGCCCCCGCGCCUCCCUCUGGCUUGCGUCCAUCAGUCUCAGGCGCGACGCUCGGUGAGGAUUUGGCGCCGAGCGCAUCGUCUGCGUCUCUGUCUUCCGCCUCCGACGCUGGUUCGUUAGGCACCUCGCCCUCCCCCGUCACCGGUCCUAGUCCGGAACGCUUAUCGCCCCACUCCCAGAGGGUCGUUAGUGGCUCGUCCUCUGGUUCAGCAGCUUUACGCGCCAAAGAAUUGCGUGAUGACGAGAGGAGCGAAAGCGCAGACCUGGUGGGACCGCUGCGUGUCUCUCCGCGCACGCUGUAUGCCGACCUGCCCCCGCACACCACUGUGGACAUUGAGGCCGGCACGUAUGAUGACGGGUACGAGAGCUCCAACUCUGAGAGCAGCAUCAUCGACAUGCCCCGUCGUCGUGUGGCUCCGCUCGAUGCAGAGAGUAUAGGAGAAGUUGCCGAGAACGCUUCCGCGAGCGUGAUCAGCGUCGUGGCCGGUAUUGGGGGCAUCGUGCGCCGGAGUGCCAGUAGAGGACUUCUGGGUACGAGUCCGGGAUACGGAACGUUUGACCAGUAG